AUGUCACAUAGGAAGAUUGAUGUCAAAUUAACUAUUCAAAAAGUUUUCUCAUCUGCACCAGACUCAAGUUUAAGCCAAUUUGGAUUUAUUACAUGUACAUAUUCACGUGGAGAUAUUACAGAAACUACACAACCAUUUGAGAUAAAUAAAGACCUUAACCAAACAUUUAAUUUCCUUAGUACCUUUAUUGUUAAGAGUCAAAAGGAAGGAACUUACAAAGAAAAAGAACUUCAAUUCGUUAUUAAGACAGUAACAAAAAAGAAAGAGCUAUUUAAAACAACAGUAAAUUUAUCAAAAUUUGUGAACAGUAUUACUACUUCACAAAUACUUAAUUUUACAUAUAAAAACCUUCCUAUGCAACUUCUGUAUUCUCUACAAUUUUCAGGACAAAUCCAUCAAAUCACAAAAACUAAUCAAAUCCCACAAUUAAAAAGACAAAUUACUUCAAUAACUAUUCCUCUUGAGAAACAAUCUGCAAUGGCUUCUUCAGUGACUCCUACAACUAGUACACCAUCAAAACAAACAACAGCUUCUUCACAAAUUAGUUCUGGUCUUGCACGUAGUGCUAGAGAUGCAAGAAGUCAGAACUGUAGUUCAAGAGGAGAUUUUUCAGGAGGGUCAAUUGACAUUUCUCGAAGAGUAGGACAUCAACGAGUUAAAUCAGCAUUUAGUCAACGCCCUAUAUUUUUUUCAGAGAUAAAUGAAGUUCAGAAAGAAAAUUUACCGGAAGAUGAAGCAAAAUUUGUUGAUGAUAUAAAACAAGUAACGUCUUUAAUGCAAUUUGAUUUAGAAUCAAAAAAUAUGCCAAUGACUAAUACAUUAAUGAGUGAAUUAAUUUUUGAAAUUCUCAUAAAGAAAAAAGCAUUUGAUGGAAAAGAAGAUUUAUUAGAAGCAACUAAUACAGCAUUAGAAGAAACAAUAUCAAGUGAUUUAAUAUUUGUAAAACAAGCCAUAUAUUUAUAUUCAAGUAUUAGUAGAUUAUGUUUAUUAUUUAAGAAAGAAUACGAAAAGAAUAAUAGUAAUCAAAUAGGUAAUUUUAUUAAAGUAUUAUUUGAAUCAAUAAAGAAGUUAUAUACAAAAUUAUUUGAAAUUAUUAAAAAAGAUCUUCAAAGAUUAAUGGAAUUAAUAUUUAAUAAAUCAUUAAUGAGUUGUGAUGAAUUAAUCAAUUUUAUUGAUGAUUUAAGAAAAAUGUUUGACCAAAUGAGAGUAACCAAAGUAUUUAUAAAUAUAUUUGUUGAAGAUUUAUUAAGAGAAAUUAAUAUUCUUUUUAUUGAAGAAGUUGUUAAUCCAUCAAAAAAGAAUUGUUGUACAACAAUUGGAAUGAAUUCAGUUAUGAUUAUUUCAUUUCUUCAAGACUAUUUUAGAAAACCUCAUUCAUUUAAAAUAGAUUGUAAAGAUCAAUUUAAUGUAAUAUCUGAAACUUCAAGAGUUUUAUUAUUAAAUGAUAAAUCUAUUUUAUCAGAUAAUGAAGCUAGAACUAAUAUCUGUCCUCACUUAUCUCUUGCUAAAAUUACUAGUAUAUUAGAAAAUUUAAUUGUUAAAACUGAUCAAGAAGAAUUAUCAGUUAAAAAAGUUAUUUCACAAAUUACUAAUACUGAUAACUUUACUACUGUAAAAUUUAAUUAUUCAGACCCUUUAUUAAAUGAAAAUAAAUUAAACGAAACAAUAAAUAAAAAUGAAAAUUGGGAAUUUAUUCCAUUUGACUUAUCAACUACUCCAUUAAUUGGAAGAAAUUAUUUCAAAUAA